AUACUCCUCAAACAACGAUUAUAAUCGUGCCUUAAACACAAUAUAGACCACGGCAAGACGUUUCAACAUCUACAAUUCUACACUGACCACGUGCUUAACACUAGUAAGUCGUAACUUGAUAACGUAACAACUAACAAGUGAACAGUGAACAAAACGUAGAAUAAUAAUACUUUAGUAACGUCACAACUUCAAAAAAUCUUUAAAAUGCUUUUGAGAUACUACCGCGGCGAAGAUGGUACACGGGUUUACACUUUAAAGAAAGUGGACCCUGCUGGUAAUCAGACCUUCAGCGCUCAUCCAGCUCGAUUUACACCAACCGAUCAACAUUCUAAAGAACGGAUUCGUAUCAAGGAAAGAUUUGGACUUCUGCCUACACAAAAACCAGCACCAGUAUAUUAAAAUCAUACAUUGACACCAAGAAAAAAAUGAACUGAAAACCCAAUUUGUCAACUUUUAUUCAAUAAAAUAAAUAAUUUUUUUAUCAUAUAACA